AUGAUCAGGAACGUUUGGAGAGACCCUGUGCAGGAGGCGCCACUCACUCCCAGGCCCCACCUUAAUGCAGAGGAGCAGAAAACUGCCUCUCCAGAGGAUGUGUUACCCUGUUCAGCGGGUCAGCAGGAUAUGCCCCAGCUCGAAAAGCUGCAGCAGCAGCCAGGCGUGGAGUGUAUGGUUUGUGGGGACAAAUCCAGUGGCAAACACUAUGGACAAUUCACCUGUGAAGGCUGCAAGAGCUUCUUCAAGAGGAGCAUCCGUAGGAAUCUGAGCUACAGCUGCAGGGGUAGCAGGAACUGUCCUGUUGACCAGCAUCACCGCAACCAGUGUCAGCAUUGCCGCUUCAAGAAGUGUCUGAAAGUUGGCAUGAGACGAGAAGCAGUUCAGAGAGGCAGACUGGCUCACACUCAGUCCAAUCAUGGACAGUACAGCCUCAACAAUGGCGAUGGCUUCACCAGCCCUUCUUACCUCUCCGGCUUUAUCUCAUUGCUGCAGCGGGCGGAACCCUACGCAAUGUCUCGCUAUGGCAGCCAGUGCAUGCAGCCCAGCAGCAUGAUGGGCAUUGAGAACAUCUGCGAGUUUGCGGCUCGCCUCCUUUUCAGUGCUGUGGAGUGGGCCAGGAAUAUCCCCUUCUUCCCCGAUCUCCAGAUCUCGGACCAGGUGGGGCUUCUGCGACUGACCUGGAGCGAACUGUUUGUGCUGAACGCGGCACAAUGCUCUAUGCCACUGCAUGUGGCCCCUCUAUUGGCUGCCGCUGGCCUCCAUGCCUCCCCGAUGUCGGCAGAGCGUGUUGUGGCAUUCAUGGAUCACAUUCGGAUCUUCCAGGAGCAAGUGGAGAAGCUGAAGCUGCUACAUAUGGACUCAGCGGAGUAUUCCUGCCUGAAAGCAAUUGUCCUUUUCACCUCAGAUGCCUGUGGUCUUUCGGAUCCCACCCAUGUAGAGAAUCUUCAGGAAAAAUGCCAGUGUGCCCUGGAGGAUUACACCCGCAACCAGUACCCCAACCAACCCAAUCGCUUUGGCAAGCUGCUGCUGCGGUUACCUUCCCUGCGUGUGGUUUCCUCCCCUGUCAUCGAGCAAUUGUUCUUUGUGCGUCUGGUGGGUAAGACCCCAAUUGAAACUCUUAUCAGGGACAUGCUGCUGUCUGGUGCCAGCUUCACCUGGCCUUACAUCCCGAUCCAGUAAUAGGGCAGACAGUGGGAGGAAGUGCUUAACAGGGCUUUGCUGCAAAGACAUUUUGACCAAGAGAUCGGACAAGAACUAACCUGGAUUUUAAAGCAGUUUUGAGCUUUCCUGUGGGCUGGGGUCUUAAGGCCUGUUGAUAUUGGAUGACAGGGGACACUUCUUUCCAUAUGAUGAAACUUUUCCUGGAGUCAGAACUUUGGUAACAUGCAAUGCUGGAGCAAGGGAUAU